AUUUCCAGCCUGCCGGCAACAUCCGCGCGAACGCCACGAGGAUGAUUUUCAUUCAAGACUUCUCUCAGUAACGUCGAAGCGCGUUAACACGGCGAUCUCACUUGUUGAUACGCGGCGGUAAAGUGUAUUUUCGAACGUACGUUGAACCGGGCACUUAUUCUUAAGUACCGAGAGCAACGAUUAUUUAUAAACAUAGCUUCCCAUUCAAGUACUACGCGACUUAUUCAUUGAACCAUUCGUGCUUCAAAUAAAAACAAGCGAACAAGAAGAUAUGCGAGGAAUCUUGUUGAUCUCGUGAUGAAUUGCCAAAGUGACUGUGAUUUAGUUUCUUCGGUGAUACUCCCGUUCCUCGCAGUACUUUUCGCGAAGACUCAAUAAUAUGGAAGAAAGUAUAUGUAUGGAGAAGGAAUGUCUGAUCGAGAAGAGGAGGACGACUAUCCUGAAAGAAUGCAAGGAAUUAUUGCAGGAAGAGAGAUCCGGGCGUUACAACAAGGAUGCUUUUAGAAGAGUCUUCCAUGAUCAGAUGCUUCUUAGGAAAUUAUUUACACUGUUCGAUCAAGAUUCCGACGGAUUACUGAGACAAGAUGAAUGGCUUGAAUUCCUCAAGGGGAGACUGACAAACGAGAAGCAAAAUGAUUUUAUUGAUCAGAUUGAAAGCGUUACAUACGUGCUGUGUGGGGAGCACCCAGUAAAUCUCUCCAAUUUUCAACAAAUAUUUUAUACUAAAGGGAUUGUUGAAAAAUUGUUCCGGUUAAUUGAUUAUGAAAACGCGGGAUACGUAACAUCUGCCCAAAUUAUGGAUAUGAUAUCUUGCGUGAGUAAUACCAGACCACGUGCUGGCUUUGAUAAAGGCAACCUCGAGUGGUUGGAAAAGAUAUUUAAGCAAACUGUUGGAAACAAGGCGGAAAUAUGCCGCGAAGAAUUCAAAACAAUCGUCACUUCGAAGAACCCAUUUUUUACUGAGAGAGUAUUUCAAAUAUUCGACAAAGACAACUCCGGCACAAUAUCGCUCCCAGAAUUUUUAGACGCCAUGCAUCAAUUCGCUGGAAAAUCUCCGAAUGAUAAGAUUAGGUUUCUCUUCAAAGUUUAUGAUAUCGAUGGUGAUGGAUUAAUACAACUUCGCGAGCUGGAACAUGUAAUGAGAGCUUGUAUGGAAGAAAAUGAAAUGAAGUUCAGCGACGAACAGAUUAAAGAACUAACAGUUGCACUCUUUGAGGAUGCUGAUCAAGACAACAGAGGAACGAUCACUUUUGAAGCUCUAAAAAGGCAAUUAGAGAAGCACGAAGGUCUGCUAGAAAAUCUUUCGAUCAGCAUAGAUCGAUGGUUGGUACCACCGCAGCCGAAGAUCAAACAAAAAUCCAUUACGAAGACUUUUUUGUCUCUUCGUCCAUACCAACUCACCAAGCCAUACGUAAAGAAUAAUUAUGUCUUUAUUGUUUUUAUUUCGAUAUUCAUAUUUAUCAACGUAGCUCUCUUUGUCACCCGUCUCUAUGAAUAUCGAAAUGAAAGUGCCUAUAUAAUGCUCGCGCGUGCAUGCGGGCAAUGUCUGAAUUUUGACUGCUCGUUCAUCCUGGUCUUGAUGUUACGCCAGUGCAUUACAUUUUUGCGAACGCAUAGCUUUAAUUUCGUACUACCUCUAGAUCAUCAUAUAUAUCUUCAUAAAAUGAUGGGGAUUUUGAUCGGAAUCUUCAGCAUUGUACACACUCUGAUGCAUCUUAUUUACCGUGGUACGGUAGUAAUAAAAGACAACGAGAUAAAUAGCAAAAACUACACCAUGUUUGAAUGGCUGUUAACAAGUCGACCCGGACAAUUCGGUCUGGUGGCAGGCAGUGCAUAUCCGACUGGGGUAGUUCUGCUUAUAAUACUCGUCAUUAUGAUUGUCUGUUCAAUGCCGUUUGUACGCCGUGGAGGUAGUUUCGAGAUAUUUUAUUGGUCCCAUCUGUUAUACAUACCAUUCUGGAUUCUGAUGAUCUUCCAUGGCCCUAACUACUGGAAAUGGUUUGUUGGCCCAGGCGUCAUAUAUUUAGUAGAAAGGAUUCGUCGGCUCGUGUGGUUACGUUCUCAACAGGGAAAGACAUAUAUAAGUUCCGGUUUACUUCUGCCUUCGAAGGUGACUCACCUGGUCAUCAAGAGACCACCCAAUUUUCAUUUUCGUCCCGGCGAUUAUGUGUUCGUUAAAAUUCCAGUGAUAGCAAAAUACGAAUGGCAUCCUUUUACCAUUAGCAGUGCUCCCGAACAAGCAGACUAUAUAUGGCUGCACAUUCGUGCUGUUGGUGAGUGGACCAACACUGUAUAUUCGUACUUUGAGAAAGAGCAAAUAAAACUUCAUUGUCCCGAUAUUUUGCCUGCCGAAAACUGCGACACUACCUGCACGCCCCAAAAGAAACCUUUCUUCAGUGCCAAAAAGUCAUCAUUUUUCAUGAAGCGGAAAUCUUUAUUGGAAUCCAUACCUCAUACUCACACUCUGGACAACCCCACAUUCGUAUCUGAUUUAUCGAAUGUCGUGUCAUCUUCGUAUGCAACAAUUAAUAAUGAGUCUGCACAUUUAAGAACUACUACAGAACAUACGCCAGAAACAAAUAAGGAAUUGAUAGAUGUGUCUGCGAGACGAGAUAGUAAACUGCACCAAUUAUUCAUUAGCAAAAUGCCUCUUUCAAAAUCAUACUCGAUGCCCGAUAUGCAAAUCAGAAACAAGAAAAGGGAACGGCUCAAUGUACUUCGAGAUUACAUGAGAUCUGAAUCUGAAAGGAAUUUUGAUGAAUGUGCGCGAUUUAAGUCAUUGGGCUUAGCUUACUUGAGUCCGCAGAACAAAUCGUUGGCUCAGAGUUUCCGAUAUAUGCGGACGAAACCAACUAUUAUCGCUUUUAAAACACCCAAUUUCGAAAUGGGCGAUCGAGAUUACGAAAUUAACGAAUCGUCAAACGUUGUAUCAAAUGCGGAGGGAAAUGAAAUAAUACCAGUUACGCCGAUAUCAAUACAAAUUGCGGCGGAGGAAGGAAGAUUGAAACAAGGGUUUAGUGAAGCAAUGGAUAGUGUGGAUAGUUUAGAUGUGAAAAUCAGUGGAUCUUCUCAAACAACUAUAAAUUAUCCUGAAGGAAAACCAUUAGAGAUCUUUUUAGACGGUCCUUAUGGGGCACCGUCAAGUCACAUUUUUCGAGCGCAGCAUGCUGUUCUGAUCGCCACAGGAAUCGGAGUUACACCUUUUGCUUCUAUAUUACAAUCAAUUAUGCAUCGUUAUUGGAAAGCGAGACACACCUGUCCAAAAUGUUCUUUCUCUUGGUCUAGUGAAAUUCCGCAUACUAUAAUGAAUUUACGGAAGGUGGACUUCUUUUGGAUUAACCGGAAUCAAAAUUCGUUUGAGUGGUUCGUAAACUUAUUGUCUCAGCUCGAGAUAGAACAGGCUGAGUUGGGCACCACCAUGGAACACUUCCUAGAGAUGCAUAUGUACAUCACAAGCGCAUUGCAAAAGAACGACAUGAAGGCAGUUGGCUUGCAAUUAGCACUAGAACUUUUGCACGAAAAGGAAAAACGAGACCUCAUCACAGGUUUGAAAACCAGAACGAAUGCUGGUCGUCCCAAUUGGGAUAAGAUAUUCAAGCAACUCCAGGAUAAGAAGAAAGGAAAAAUUACGAUUUUCUUUUGUGGAUCACCACAACUGGCCAGGAUUCUUCGAUAUAAAUGCGAUCAAUUCGGAUUUUGCUUUAGAAAAGAAUCCUUCUGA